UGCGUGACGAGAGGACGCACACCGCGCGGAGGGCGGCAAACCAGCGAGAUAUGGAUAUGAUGGGGGGCGAGGAGUUUUGGGGAUCUUUCGCGGGCACGGAGGAGAGAUCACCCACUCCCGCGCGGGAGGAUACACGUCCUUGCACGACCUUGCGGGAGGAGACGCUUGCUCCCAUGACUGCGAGUGAGGAGCCGGGUCCUGCCACGACAGUGCGGGAGCGGACGACUGUUUUGUCGACCGCGCAAGAGCAGACGCCUGCUCCCACGACCACUCGAGAGCAGACGAGUAUUCCCGCUAUGCAUUCCGGACCCUCGUCCCUGUCACCUCUUUCGCAUCAUUCUAUCCCAGGAUUCCCAGCAUCCACUCCGCCCGCUCCCGUUCGGCAUGACGAGCGCUCACCUGCACCGGUUGGGAGGGAGGACUUGGGAUCCUCGUUGCGCAGCCGCGGGCAUGGAUCAUUGUUUAGCAUAGCCCAUCAUCUCAUUUUGGACCCAGGUGCAUCGAGCGACUUGGGGGAGAUGGGUGUUCAUAGCGGGGCACCACCGAUGGAGGAGAGGGAGAGACGAGCGGAGGAGCACGGAGCCGCCGGAGCGGGCGAAGUUGAGGGUAUUCGGGCUAUGGAGGAGGAGGUAGCUGGAGUAGUGGGGGGCGUGAUGGAGGUAGAUGAUGGUGCGCACGUCCAGAGAGAGGAGGGCGUCCUGCCAUCGGAGGUUGAGAGAGAGGACGAUGUGGCCGCUUUGGCAGCAGCAGCACGUGCUGUGCGUGAGCAGACAUCGCGCAGGAGCGGAGUCGCUCGUACGAGUUCCAUGCCUCAGAUGAUGCCUGCCACGGGGGAUGCCACGUUGGAGGAGUCUUCUGGAGACGAGGGGUUGGAGAUGCCACGCGGUUCUCGUCGUGAGAAGACAGUCGCAGAGGUGACUCAGGUGAGUGCUAGGCUCGUUCGGGUGAGGACGGGGGCUGCCCAUGUGACCGUGGUGGAGGACGAUCCCGAGACGGAGCCUGCACGUGAGGAGGCCCCACAUGAGGGUGACGAGUACAGGGACGACGAGGAGCGUGAGGAGGAGGAGAGCGAUAGCGGGGAUGAUGACAGCUACCACGACGACGACGAGGAGCCCUCCCCUCCACCGCGGCAUGGUUCCCGUAGACGACAUGGCUCUCGUAGAGGACAUGAUGACGUAGACGACCCGUCCCCUCCAGGGUGGCGGGAGACGAGGAGUCGGAGGGGGCGAGGGUCAUCCGUUGCGACAGCGCUGGGGCGAGGGAGUGUUUCGUCGACACGCAACAUGAGUGGGGCGAGGCAGAGAGGCAGUGGUAAGGGGAAGGGAAGUCGGUAGUAUUGACAGCUUCGUUCCCCUUCCAGUGCUUCGACGACGCCUUUAUGUUGUUUGUGCUUAGUGUUC